AUGCCUGAGGUCCUUACCAUGGUGAUGAUCCUAAGUAAAAGCCUCGACAAACAGGGAGCUGACUUCAUAGCAUGCAGGACCUUCAACCCUGAGCUGCACACGCCAAAGAAGAUGAGUCAAGGACCGACACUUUUCUCUUGUGGAAUUAUGGAAAAUGACAGAUGGCGAGACCUGGACAGGAAAUGCCCUCUUCAGAUCGACCAACCAAGCGCCAGCAUCUGGGAAUGCCUGCCUGGGAAGUGUCAGGACAGUGCUCUGUGGCACCGGGAGGCAGCAACCGCCUGCGCAGUGACCAACUUGAUCAAAGACCUCAGCCUCAGCGACCACAAUGGGAACCCCUCAGCACCCCCUAGCAAGCGCCAGUGCCGGUCACUGUCCUUCUCUGAUGAAAUGUCCAGCUGCCGGACAUCAUGGAGGCCCUUGGGGUCCAAAGUCUGGACUCCUGUAGAAAAGAGACGAUGUUACAGUGGGGGCAGCGUCCAGCGCUAUUCCAAUGGCUUCAACACCAUGCAGAGGAGCUCCAGUUUCAGCCUCCCUUCCCGGGCCAACGUGCUCUCCUCGCCCUAUGACCAGGCGGGCUUUCACCACCGAUUUGGAGGCCAACCCUGCCAAGGGGCACCAGGCUCAGCCACCUGUGGACAGGCAGGCGACAUCUGGAGCUCUGACCCGAACCCCAUGGGAGGGGGCCGGCUUGACAUGCAGCGGUCCCUCUCUUGCUCGCAUGAGCAGUUUUCCUUUGCAGAGUACUGUCCACCCUCAGCCAACAGCACACCUGCCUCAACGCCAGAGCUGGCGAGACGCUCCAGUGGGCUCUCCCGCAGCCGCUCCCAGCCAUGUGUCCUUAAUGACAAGAAGGUCGGCGUUAAGCGGCGGCGCCCUGAAGAGGUGCAGGAGCAGAGGCCUUCCCUAGACCUUGCCAAGAUGGCACAGAACUGUCAGACCUUCAGCAGCCUCAGCUGUCUGAGCACGGGGAUGGAAGACUGCGGCCCCCACAGCCCUUUCGCCCUCAUCAGUAGCACCAGGUCCUGGACCGCCUUGCUCUCGGCCUCGGCCUCCAGCACGGGGGGCAGGACCCCGGCCGGGACCCCGGUCCCCGAUCCUCUCCCCCCGUCCUUUGAUGACCACCUCGCCUGCAAGGAGGAGCUGUGCUGUGAGGAGUCGGAUGGCUGUGCCCUGGACGAGGGCUACGGCAGGAGGGGGGAGUCGGCUCCAGCCUGGCGGGACCGCAGGGCCCUUGAGAACAGCCCCUGCUCCCUGGACGGCGAGCUGGACAUUGAACAGAUAGAGAACAACUGAGGGGGUCGUGGGUCCCUGGUCAGGGGUGGGGGUGCAUUAGAAUCGACAGCCUCCCUCUGGGCACUAGGUGGGCACUUGAAAAGGGGAGCCCCACUCCUGGGCCUGACGGAAGCUUCUGGAGGGCACUGGCUCCCAGGGGGCGAGCCCACCCACCUCCCAGAGAGGCUUUCCAGCCUUCAGGGUUCCUGGCUCAGUGCAAGCCGACCUGGCCACGCCACGCAGUGGAACGCUCAGCCUCUCACAGCAUGGCAGCCAUGGUCCACGGAACUGCUGUAGCCGAUAAAGCAGCUUCUUGAUUUGGGUCUCUUCCCCCUUUUCCUCGUGGGACAUCGGCGGCCCCACUGGGCAGUUGUGGCAUUUCCGGCAGGGCUGGCCUGCUCUGCAUGCUGACUCCCGGCCGGCGUUUCCGACUGGUGGGGCUUGUCGGGGCGGCCUGGGCUCAGGUCCAUCCAGUGGUGUCAAGGCCCUUCUCGGCCUCCUGCUCAGGUUCAGUUUUGGGGGGUCGGCCCCACAGCUUCGUUCACUCAGUUUUAUUCCGUGCCUUCUCUCCCAGGUCUCCCUGCUUCGGGCUUGGGAAAGUUCGGGAGACGCUUCCUUCUGUAGUAACACCUUGGCCUUAAUUCCAAGUGUGGAAGAUAGAGAUGCCAGGGUGGCCCUCCAUGUCUGAACUCUUGGGGGCCAGGGAACAGCUUGGGUGCUUGUUAGAGGUCAGCUGUGUUGGGUAGACAUUUGGUGGAUCUUUUGGCUGAAAAGACAGACCCACUUGCCUCUCCAGUGGUGUGGAGAGCCUGACCCCAUGGCUCUCUGCCACCCUGGGAGCCAUGUUGGCAGGGCUGGCAGAUGGCAGCCGUUCUCCUGGCUAACCUGUCCCUGCACGAUUAGCUUAGUUGAUUCAGGUGCGUGGAGAGGUGUCACCAUAAAAGGGCGACCUCUUAAAAAUGUCCUCAGAAGGUAGGAGCUAUGAGCAGGGGCGCAAACCCAGGCCCUGGCACAUUUUGGGGGUGGAGGAUGUUUGCUGGCUGCUCUGGGGGGCCUGGGUCGGGGGCCUCCGAGGUCCUUGCAGGAUUCCAAGCAUGUUCUCCUUGGUGGGUGGGGACUGCUGGCUUUAAUCAAGGUGCACUGUCCACCUCAAGACAAGCCUACCUGCUGGUCAGCUGGAGGGACAGAGUGUCUUAAGUGCUGCCUCCCGCUGCAGCGCACCCACACGCACAGAGCUUGACACCUGCACCAGCACUGGCUCCCACACCCGGCAGACUCCCCGACCCCCUGAGGCUUCGCUCUCAGGCAGCUCCCCGCCCCAGCCCGGCUUGCAGACAGACCACAUGGGCUUUGCUCUCUCGGAAUCUGGCUUUUAGCAAACUCGGCAUCUUCCACAGAUGAUAGCAAUUAGGUUGACUUAUGAGCAAGUGGCUCCUUUUCCCAUAAGGCUAAAAAUAACUGGGGCGUUCUCUCGGGGUUGCUGCCACGUGAUCAAGGUGCUUUCGCAGUCACUUUGCUUUGGCUCCUCCCGUGUUGACAGCGAAUGCCUCACUUCUGCAGGUCGAGUACAAAUGGUUCUCACCUUCUUUCCCCUAAAGACCCUGUUUGGGAAACUACUUAAAAUUUCACUUUUUUACUGUAUCAAAAGUGUGGUGGCUCAAGGUCUGAUUUGUAACCUUAAAAUGCAUGCAGAAACCCCAACUCAAUGGCCCUCCGAGGUUGUGUUGAAAGCAUCUGGUUGAUAGCAUAAUGGGUGUGCGGGUGCUGGGCAGGCCCUGUGGCAGGAGCCAGCUGCGCCUCAGUGGCUCCCAUCAAAGGCACAUCCACUUGGGACCCUGGAGAGCUAACCCGGUGAGCUGGCAGCUCUGGGUACACGAUGACAUCUUGCCUGAUCCCCACCAAGUGGCUUGUGGAGACCACGUCGUCUUAGAGCAAAUCUGGAGAAGGCUGGGGCAGCUGUGUGAUGUCCGGCAGCAUACGAACUCAGAGAGCACGCGCUGGGGCCUCUGAGGUGGGAGGUAUGGCAUCUGGCCCACACCAAGAGUGGCCACAGAGGGAGCGUGGCCUCUACAGCAGCCCUUCCUGUGGAAGGGGAGGCAGGGCUCCAUCUCCUGGUCCACACCAGUGAGGGACGGGGGUUGAGCCAGGAUGGGCUGAGUCAGCUGCCUUUCCUCAGGGCCAGGAGGGGAGGCACAUGGUGGUGGGUGUGUCUCACAGGACUGUGGUACGGGUGACCUGCCCUCAGACCCUGCCUGCCACCAACCCCUUCUUAGGCCUGGUGGCAGGGAAGGACAAGCAGGGGAGCUUCUGAGAUGGCCCCCUCCUUCCUACCUCCCCCCAGGCUGGUCCCAUCUGCCUGCAAACCCAGCCCCAGGGCACUUUCGGGCAGAAGUGAUCCCGGCCCAGGGCAGGGCAGGGCAGGGUUCGGUUGUUUCUAGCUUCCUCAGGUCCCUCUGGGCUGUCUGUGCCUCCUCAGAAGCUCCUAGCCCAAGCCCAUACCAGCAGCAGUGAGGGGAGAGAAUGGCCGGUGUCACUUCUGCUCAGAGAAAAAAAUGACCUUCAGGUGGUUUCAUGUUUGUCUUUUGAUUGGAGAGAGCAGACCCCACUAGAAGAUGCCACCACACUGCCCACAGAGGCCCAUUUGUGCUCAACCCACUGGCAUAAAGAUUUCUGCUCUUGUAGCUCUUGGAGGGGCUCACCCAGGAGGCUCCCUUGGACCCCGUGUGGCUGUCCCCCUGGGGCAGCUGUAGGCUGGUGGACUCACCCUGCAGGUGCCACACUUUUGUUGGGGCCCUGCCUCUCGCAGCCGAUGCCCAUGAACUCCUGCCUCUGAUGUGAGACUGAGGAAAUUCAGAGCCAGGAAGGAGGGCUGUGCCAGGCCGCCCCCCUGCCCAGGGGGCCCUGAAGGACGAGCGGGGUCGUGGCUUCAGGAGAGCAGUGUGGGGGGAGAGGCUCGCUGUCAUAUGCAUCCCGGCUCACUCCAAAGGCACGUCUUCUCCACCCUCAGCACUAAUGGACUGCUGUCUGCCUAGAGGCUGGCCUGGGGCUGGCCCAGGGCAGGGCUGCAGCCUCCCCACUUAGAUUACCGCCAACUCGCUUGCCUUACUCGCGGUGGAGGCUGGCCUGGCUGGGCCUGCAGACAGACACGAUGUUCAGGCCACAGGGGAGCUUGUUCUGACUAGACAUACGGAUUUUCAUUCUUAGAAAGCCUUACUUUUCAACAAAAUUUUUGCAGCAGGAGAGUUUUGUGAAUUUGUAUGCUAAAAAAAAAAUAAAGGAAAAGCCCGCAUUAAAAAGAAAACAACCCAAAUGUCCAGAUGGGUCUCCCAGUGCAGGGGGGCGUGUGAGCUGGGCUGACGCUGCCGAGGGGGCGUUCAGGGCACUGCCUCUCUGAGCAGGCGUCCGUGGAGUUUAAAACGCACCCUGGGUGCUCUGCCAUAGGCUCAGGCUUGGCGUGGGCUGCGCCUCCAUGUCCGUUGACGAGGUUCAAGUAGUGUGCACUCUGGCCUCGGGGCCGGUCACCUAAACGAUGACCACUUCAGGCUCUGCCGCCUGGGGCGUGAGCAGUCCAGCCCAGCAGCGGGCUCGGCAGCCCGGCCAGGACACGGUGGGUGCUGCCCAGGUGCUCAGCUCGUUGUGUAGGCAAUGAUGCUGCAUCUUGCCAUGUCCACACCGUUGGUCAGACACCUCCCCUGGGUGCCAGUCAGAGAAAACCAUGCCUCUUUUUAAAGAGAAAAGAAAAGAAAAAGAUUAAAAAACAAAUCUCAGACCACAGCAGAGAUCUUGUAGCCUAGAUAGGAUAAUCUGACCUAGCAUAGUUCUUUGGCAGAUUGUUUUCAGUGCGUGGAGAUGUCCUGGGAGCUCGGGUAACAGCGUGCAAGCUGUUUCUGGGGGUGUAGCAUGCUUUCCCGAGCCGUACGUUGUUGGUGUUGCAGAGCCUCAGGAGGUAAGGUGGCCAGGACGUGUGGUGUCGGGCCAAGCCCCUGCCUGGGCGAAGCAGUCUGUGCGGAAGGCACUGGGUCUGUGUCUCGCCUAUCUCCACCCACUGCAGCCUGUCCUCCGUGCAGGCCAUGACUGUCUUGCACUAGAGCCGCUCUAGUCUCUCAGGAAUUUGCUUGUUACUUUUACUGUGUAAAUAAAGCUUCCUGGUUCAGUACCCAA